AUGGACAAAAUUGUAUUGCACCUGAGAAGGACUAGUAUUGUAAUGAAAAAGAGAUUUGAGCUAUUUAAAUACAAUAUAAGUCAUAAAUUUAAUCAUGGAUUCUAUGAUCCUGAGGGAGAUUAAUCGCAAGUAGAUGGAUCAAGGAGAGCAAUGAAUAUUUUCGAUUUCGCAUAAACCAGAGAUUUGAUUUUGUUAGAUCCCUACUCUGACGCUUCUUAGUUUGGAGGAGAAUCAUAAUAAGAAUUCGAAAAAAUUUCAGAGCCAGGAAUUAGCUUUUGUAAAAAUAUUGUAGUACUCAUAAUGAUUUAGACGAUUUAAAUGGCAAAUACUCAAUUCGAUAAUUUCAAUGGAAUUAGAAUUACAAUGAGGCCUCCAAGUCAUCCAGCUAAACUCGGCUUAUAUAUUAAUGUUAGCUUUCGUGAAUAUGAGCAUUACAUUGGGCAUCUGUUGGAUAUUUAAAAUCCUCGGUCAGAUCUAUUUUAAUAGUAUGAGAUACCUUUAAGCUUGCUGACUAAUGCUAAUGUGAGAGAUAAAGUUUUGCAGAAAGAAGUAGAAGAGACUUUUAAUGUUAAAGGUCUAACUUUCACUGCAGAGAGCACUAAUGAGACUCCAUUAGGUCAAGAAAUUUAGAUGGACAUAAAGUAAAUAGAUAUGAUUUACAAUCAUGAAUUUGAAAAAAUGGUAAAAGAGUAAUUCUACAGUAGGCCUGUAUUCUUCAAAUCAUUACCUCCAGGCUAAACAUACGAGUAAGUAUAGGCAAUUGAUAAUGGCCGUGAGAUUAUAAACUAUGGUGAUGAAUGGAGGAGCAGAUAAGCAUAAACUCAACAUCUCAAGAGGAGUAUAAACAAUUUCGCUUUUGAAAAUAAUAGUAUCGGUGGAAUAAAUAUUGGAUAGCCAGCAAAGGAUUAACAAAAGACUCCUUCAAAAUUAAUUAAAGAUAGAUUAAAUAAAUGA